UCAGAGAUCAGAGAUACUCCAUUCCGAGAGAAACAGCCCAAGGCAACGCUAGAGUCUUUUCUUCAGUGGUUGACCAAAUUCUCCCCAAGACACUCAGAGUCUCUUGAGUUUAUUGAAAAUAUUGAAGAGGCCUCAGGUGAUGCACUCCCCAAGAGCUCCACGCGUGUUCCUUGGGAAGUCCGCCCUCCAUAGAGAGGGGGGAAAGGCAGCGUGGCCUCUCUCUAGACUGUGCAAAGUCUUGGAUCCAACUCUGUUCCGAAUGACUUUGGUUGCCGUUCUGUUGGCUCCUGUUCGUGGUGACUGUGAUCCUCCACCCAUUAUACCGUUUGCUUCCCCAAUAAACCCGCUUUACGAUUUGAGCUUCAAACCUGGAACCACGUUGAAAUACAACUGUCAUGCUGGCUACAAGAAAAUCAAUUCAACCUGGAUUAUCUGUAAUGCUAACGGUGAAUGGAACUACAAUGUCUUUUGUGCCAAGAAACAAUGCAAAAACCCAGGAGAAUUAAUCAAUGGGAAAGUGGAAGUUAAAACAGAUUUUCACCUUGGUUCAAUCAUAGAAUUCAGAUGUUUAAGAGGAUAUAUCUUAGUUGGCUCAGCAACUAGUCGCUGUGAAGUCCACGGGAAAGGAGUUAGCUGGAGUGAUCAUAUCCCAGAAUGUGUAAUUGUCAAGUGCGAGGCGCCUCCUACAAUCAGCAAUGGGAAGCACAAUGGGAUGGAAGCUGUGUACACGUACGGCUCUGUGGUCACCUACAGCUGUGAUCUCCACUACUCGCUCUUGGGCCAGGCUUCCAUUUCUUGUGUAAUGGAGAACACCACAACGGGUGUUUGGAGCCCAAACCCUCCUACCUGCAAAAAAAUUCUCUGUUAUCAGCCACAGAUUCCAAAUGGAAUUUUUGUCUCUGGAUUUGGAUCCCUUCAUACUUACAAGGACGUCAUUGUCAUUAAAUGCAAGAAAGGUUAUGCCCUCAGAGGCAGCAGCAGAAUCCACUGUGAAGCUAACAAUGAGUGGCACCCUUCUGUUCCCACCUGUGAACUCAAUAGUUGUAUUGACUUACCAGAACUUCCCUUUGCUUCCUGGGAGAAAACUGCCUACACCUCAAGGAGUCCGGAAAUAUUUGAAGUUGGAACUGAGUUGAAAUUUAAGUGCGACCCUGGCUAUAGAGCUAUUCCAGCUGAGUCUCUGACUGUGAAGUGUCAGGAAAAUCUGACAUGGUCACCUUCCAAAGGGUGUGAGAGGGUAUGCUGCCCAACACCAGACAUGGAGAAGAUCAUUAUCAUAAGCGACAGGAGAGACUUCACUGGGAUAUGCGUCUAUGCCUAUGGAGACUACGUGUCAUUCAUGUGUGAUAAAGGCUAUUACCCGAUCUCUCCUGAUGGAAGGAGCUCCUGCCAGGUGGACGGCACGUGGAAUCCUAAAAUGCCCAAGUGUGAGCCAGCGCGGUGUUUGAAGCCAUACAUAAAAAAUGCAAAGCUGUCCGUGGAUAAGGAUGAGUAUACGGAAUUUGAAAAUAUCACCAUCCAGUGUGACUUUGGCUAUGCGGUGGUUGGUCCCCCAAAUAUCAUUUGCUUAGAAAACAGAACAUGGUACCCAGAGGUGCCCAAGUGUGAAUGGGAGAUGGCUGAAGAAUGUGAGCAGGUGAUGGUGGGCAGAAAACUCCUGCAGUGUCUCCCCACGCCGGAGGAUGUGAAAAUGGCCCUGAGUGUGUACAAACUGUCGCUGGAGAUCGAGCGCCUGGAGCAAGAGAACACGCAAAACAGCAAUCAGAAAUUCUCCAAAGGAAAGAAAAGUAAGGGGUCAUUUUUGCCCCUACUGAAAGCUGUGCUCUUGCCACGACUUACUUCCUCAGUUUGGGUGUUGCUUUGCUACUGCCUUGGAGCCUCAACUUUAGCCUGGUUCGGGGCACCCGAAAAUCCUGAACCUUGGUGCUUUGCUCUGAGAUUCUGUACCAUGACCCCCAAAUUGCAGGAAGUUUUCCCAGCUCUGUGCCUCCUCCAGGUCCUGUGCCUCCUGUGGGCUCCACCUGGCCUUUGUGAUUGCCUACAGCCGCCUAGCGUCGCCCAUGGGCGCCACAGAGUUCUUUCUAGGACUCCUUCCAAAGAGGAGAUUAUGUAUGAGUGUGAGGAAGGCUACACUCUGGUCGGAGAGAGGAAACUGUCCUGCAUUUAUUCACGCUGGUUUCCCAGAGCCCCCGUGUGUAAAGCUCUGUGUCCAAAACCAGAAAUAGCGAAUGGAAAGCUGUCUGUGGUUAAAGCCCAGUAUGAUGAGAAGGAAAAUCUCACUGUGCGGUGCGACUCUGGCUAUGGUGUGGUCGGUUCCCCAAGCAUCACCUGUGCAGAGAGCGGAAACUGGCAGCCAGAGGUGCCCAAGUGUGAGUGGGAGGUCCCUGAAGGCUGUGAGCAGGUGCAGGCAGGCAGGAGACUCAUGCAGUGUCUCGCAGAUCCAAACGAGGUGAAGAUGGCCCUGGAGGUGUACAAGCUGUCUCUGGAGAUUGAACUCCUGGAACUGCAGAGGGACAAGGCAAGGAAAUCCUCUGUGCAGACACCGCUGUGACUUUUCCCCACAGAGGGGGGAGUGAAAGCCUCCUGCUGCGUUCAGCGCAAUGGGGUCAGGUCAGCCCCGCAGCUCGGGGUCUCUCUGGCACCAAUCUUCAUGGUAGUCAAUGAUAAUCUUGAAUACAAAUGAAUUAAACUCUCCAAUCAAAUGACAUAUGGUGGCUGAAUGGAUUAAAAAAUAAGAUUGAGCUCUA